UUUUAUUUUUCUUACAAGCGCUACUUGUCUGUCUCAGCAAGAUUCUAUUUUCAUGCAAUCUGACAUGACCGUGCACGAAAAUGAUUGCUGUAAUGUCCUUGACAGCUCGGUCACGAUAUCCCCAUCUGUAAAGACGCUUCCCAAAGUAACACAUGAAGAGCACAAAGAUAUUGCUGUCCCAGAGAGAAAACUUCGGAUUUGGCAAAGCUGUACCAAUACGAUGAACAUUCUUCUCGGAUUGGGGUUGUUAUCCAUCCCAUACGCUUUUCGGGUAUCCGGAUGGCUUAUUGGGUGGUCGUUUUUUCUCUUGUGGGCCAUUCUCAGCAAUUAUACCGGAAACCGCUUAGUGCAGUGCUUCAAUGAAGAUAUUACGAGCUACGUGCAUCUGUGUACAGUUCUAUGGGGAAAAAAAGGCCGGAUUGUUAUGGGCAUCAUAUUCAUCUUUGAGGCUUUCGGCAACGGUGUAGCAAAUGCACUCAUUUGUGCUGACAACGUCCACGAACUGUUUCCAGAAUUCGAUAUCAUCCAUAUUAAACUAGUUUCCAUGCCGAUUGUCACUUGUAUCUCAAUGUUACCAAUGCGAUACUUAGGAUAUACCAGCUGCAUCGGUGCAAUCAGCUCGCUGGGACUGAUUAUUGUCUCAUGCAUAGAUGGGCUGACAAAAAGGCAUGCACCGGGAUCGCUUCUCGAACCAAUGCAGACAUCAUUGUGGCCUACCAAUUGGAAACUUCUGCCUUAUGGUUUAGGUAUUAUGUGUUAUGUGUUCGCUGGUCACAUUGUUUUCCCUAGUAUCUACAAGAAGAUGAAGACGCCCCAUUUGUAUUCUCGGGUGCUGCUGGCUUCGUUCACACUUACAACUAUCCUCCACGGGUUCAUGGGAUCAACGAUGUACCUUAUGUUUGGCGACAACACGGAGAAAGAAAUCACCCAAAAUAUCUUGCGCCAGUCGGAUUACAGCAUCGUGCUGAACAAACUUGUGGUGUGGACCAUUGUGUUGACUGUAGUGAGCAAGUAUGCAUUGUGCUUGCAGAUCACUUAUGAAAUGGAGGCAAGAGGUCUGGCACAAGCUCGGUUUUUACGCAAGUUUCCUUUGCUGGGAGUGCUCCGUUACAUCAUAUAUGUGCUUACAAGUAUAGCGGCAGUGGCAAUUGCAAUCCUUUUCCCUGACUUUGACCGAAUUCUUUCCUUCUUUGGCUCCGCCUUGGGAACUGUAACAUGCAUCAUUAUUCCAUUACUGUGUUACCUUAAAAUGUUUUGGUCAAGCAUAUCAGCCUUUCAACGGACCUUGAACAUUGGAUUGAUCGUUAUUACUGCAAUAAUUGCUAUGGUGGGGACCGUCUGGAGCUUCAUACCAGGCGACCUACUGCAGCAAGAUUCCGCGCCUCGCUAA